GAGGACAGCCUGCCAGCAUCACAGAUCUGUCCCCGGCUCCUCCUCCGCAAUCACCGCCUCCUCCUCCCCGGUGCUGGAAGGAGAUUCCCCCCGAUCUGCCAGCUCACAUCCCGGAGCUCCUCCGUCUACCGAUCGCCUGUCCUCCGCUCUGAUCUACAAGAUGGCGGGGUCCCUGGUGGAGAGGGAGACCAUGCAGUUGGACAGCAGGCGUCUAAGCAGUCCAUUGGGGUCACCUGUUCAAGCAGAGGUCUACUUUCCACGAUUGACGGUUCCGUUCUGUGGUCACAUAAAUGGUGGCAUGAGGCCGGGGAAGAAGAUCCUCAUAAUGGGAAUUGUCGGCAUGAACCCAGAGAGUUUUUACAUCAGACUGACAUGCGGAGAUUCGGACCAUCCACCAGCUGACAUUGCCAUUGAAGUAAAAGCAGAAUUCAGUGAUAAACAAUUACUUCGAAAUGCCUGUGUCUCUGGGGAGUGGGGAGAAGAGGAGUCGGCUAUUUCUUAUUUUCCAUUUAUUGCGGACCAGCCAUUCAGAGUGGAGAUACUCUGCGAACAUCCACGUUUCAGGGUAUUUGUCGAUGGACACCAGCUUUUUGACUUUUAUCAUCGUGUUGAACUUCUGUCUGCUAUUGAUACUGUAAAGAUCAACGGAGACCUCCAGCUUACUAAACUUGGUUGACGCCUAGGAAGAGUUUUAUAUCACCAUUGAACUAUCAGCAGGCACUCCAGGACCUACAAGGAAACAGAUCCCACAUCCUCUGCAGUGAUCUUGUGUCAUCUCUGUAGGACUGCAGGACAAUAGAGUCAACGUCAGCCAUUUUGCUUUUGGUAUAUCAGAGGUGGCUGUUUGUAAAUCAGAUUCUAAUGACUUGGAUUACAUUUUGUCAUAACACAUCGGAUCAUUUUAUCAUUAUAUUGGUCUUUUUUUUUUAUUUAAGUUGCACAAAGAUGUAUUUUUGGAGUUCAUUUUUCCUUUCUACAUUAUCAUCAUCUUAACUGCCUAUCCCUGAAAAAGCCAAUCAAUAAAGGGAACAUUUUUCAUUGGACAUUUGAAUCUAAACUAUCAGGAAGAUUUUUGCUUCUCUUAAUAUUAAACAAAUGUUUCUUACAUUA